AUGGAAUGCCAUAUUUGUAUUCCAAGCAGAAAGGUUUUGUAUGGGAAUAAUCAAGAUAAAAUUAGAAUGAAAGGUAGAGUAUUGUUAGAUUAUUAUUUAAGAAAGUCUCUCUAUCAUAAAGAAUCACUUGUUCCCUUUUUAAUAAAUAUGCAGAAUCUCAAAACUAUUAUUACACCAAAGUAGUUAAUGAUUUGAUUCUCAACUAACCAACUAAAGCAACCAUUUGGUUUAAAGUAAUAAUAUUUUCAAUUUUUAAAAGGAUUUAUAACAAUAUGAUGAAGAAAUGGAACACUGUAAAAAACUAUACACAUUAUCUUCAUAUCCAAAAAAAAUCAAAAUUUUAGUUGAAUUUUAUAGAGUAUUAAUAAUUCAUUACAUUUGCAGUUCCAUAAAGAGAUUCCUAGAUGGGCCGUUAAUGAAUAAAUUGUUGCCAUAUUAAAUGAAUUUUACAAUCAAAGAAGAAAAUUAGAUUAUUAUAAAAUACAACAUAUUAUAGAAUAGGAAAAUUAAUAAAAUCCCAAUAGAACUCCAAAAGGUAUUGUUGGAGAAUAACCUCAAGAAUCUUAAAGUACUCCAAAAUCAUCUCAAGAAUCAGGUGUAGUUAUUGGAAAUGUUUUGGAUGAAUUAAAUACUGAAUUAAAAUAAAGAACUCAAACUUAGUAAAGUGAAAUCAAUGAAAUUAUAUCAACUUUAAAUGCUAAUCCAUCCAAAAAACAACCAAAUUUACAAAAAAUUAUGAUAAAUCAAUAAUGCAUUCUCAAUGAAUAAAGAUUAUAAUAAUUUAUAACAUAAGAAAAACUUAAAAAAAUUAAUUAGCUAAUAAACUAAUAAAAAGCAACUAGUUAGACUUAAAGAUAAAAUAAAGUUUAGAAGUUAUUCUUAGAUAAAUGUGAUUCUUUUAGGAAAUCCAAUCUAAAUUAAAAUUGCUUAACAUCAAAAAAUAGAGGUAAUUCAUCCAAACUUGCACAUGCUGAGAUAUUAAGUUUAUGUAAUUUUUAUAAUUAUUCCAGUAUAAUAAAGAGUGAAAACUAAACUUCAAUUAAAGAAUUAAGCAAAAGCAAUUACUGGUAAUACAUCUUUAAGGAGCCUUUAGAAAAAUAUUGAAUCACCAAAAUCAACAAGAAAUAUCUAAUAUCAAAAAUAAAGAUUUGAUUAAAAGAAAUAAUUAAAAGCAAAAACUUUUCAUGUUAAUCAAUCUAACAAGUAUCUAUUAUAUAAAUUAGAAAUUUAAUUGUGAGUUUAUUAGCAAAUAAAAAUAUAACAGUACAUGUUGAUGCAAAUUAAAAAAAUCUCCUUUUGGCUAAAUUGAACACCCUAAACACACCCAGAUAGAUUUUAAAUUGA